CUAGCAGAAUCUGCCUUGUCCGGCCUCGAUGCGAAUCCUUUUGCUCAUCAUGGGAGAUGGCCAUCGGUCGGUGCCACACUCGGGUCCCUAAGCCUUGCCUUGGCUGCCGCCUAAGGGCGGGCGCAGGGCGUGCUUGUCGCAUUCGACCCUGGCUAAAAUUGGGUACAGUACGCUCUCCCACAUACUCUCGUCAGUAUAGACACCAAGCCCCGUGGCUCCAGUCUGCGCCAUGCCUCGUCCCAGGCUUCUGUAUGUCGGUGGAGCGCUGCUCUUCACGACCCUGGUUCUCUGGACAUCGCUGCACCUUGGAUUGCUCAACAGCGCACCCAGACCAGCCAGACCGCAGCGCCUCACAUCUACGCAAUCCCCGCUUACUACUUUCAAGAAGAAGGAACCCCGUCUUCACUUCCUCAUAGUUGCAACAAACAGCGGUCUGGACCUAUGUCGCCUUCUGCUCUCCGCGUCUGUCCUUUCCUAUCCACCUCCAGUCCUUAUUGACUGGGCGGGAAAAGGUGAAUACGACGCCCAAUCAACACAUCUCGCCAAAGUCGCCGGCCCAAUCCGCUACUUUGCGGACCUGCCACCCGAGGAUGAUACAGACAUAGUGCUGCUUGUGGACGGCUUCGAUGUUCAGUUCCAGCUGGGCCCUGAUGUCUUGCUGAAACGGUACUUCCAAGAAACCGCAGCAGCCCAGGACCGGCUGGUCGAGCGGUUUGGCUCCAAGCAUGUGAAGAAGCACAACCUAUACAACAGCAUCUUUUUCAGUCCCGACAAAGUCUGCUGGCCCGAUGACCUUCGACGCCCGGCAUGUUGGGCUGUCCCUGCAUCGUCUCUCUCGCCGUAUGCAUUUGGUCCGUACACCGAUCAAUCACUGGAAGAUAUGCCACACGCAAGGCCCCGCUGGCUGAACUCGGGCACCAUUAUGGGACCCGUUGGCGAGAUGCGAGAAAUGUUCCUGGCAACCCAGCGCAAGAUCAACGAGACUUACGAUCCCGAGUAUGUCCUACGCAACUCCGACCAAAAGUACUUUGCGGAUCUAUGGGCGGACCAGGAGUACUCCCGUACUCUCAAGGCUGGCGUUAAACCCGAUGUGGCGAUACCUCCAGAUGUUGAAGAAAGCGAUAAGCCAGUUCUAGACGAGGGCAAAGAGUACGAGUGGCACAUUGGACUGGACUACAGGUCGGCCAUGUUUCAAACAGCUGCAGGAUAUCGAAACUACUUGGCAUGGAUGACGAUGGACCGGCCUUCUCUUCCUUCGAUCCUCCAGACGCUUGAGCCAUACCGCAUCGAGCCCGAUGCCGACGUGUUGGAAGCUCGAAAGCCAUUUGCAGAUUUGGUUGAUGACGAAAAUCUCAACAGCAAAUCCUGGCAAGACGUAGCACUAGGCGUCAACAUUGCCUCGGGCCUGGCCUUUCCCAUCCUCCACUUCACAGGCGACAAGUCAUUUCGAGAUGCUUGGUGGGGUCGCAGCUGGUUCUUUGACGAAGCCGAGCGCUUACGACAUGCAUCGUAUGAGCAUCAUGACGAAAAGAUUGGAUCGGGCCCGAUCAACGGGGUCCAGUGGGUCAAGAACACCCCGUACGAUGCGAGUCAACGCCAAGAUAAGGCUGCACCAUGGAGCGACACUGGAGAAGCUCUCUCGUGGGACCAUCUCUGCGCCCUCCACGAACACCUGUUGUACAAGGAACCAGAUUCGUGGUCUUUUGUGGAAAAGAUGGCUCAUAAUUUUGACUAGUAUGUUGUAGAUUAUUGCACAGUACAGGCAUGAGAAGCGGCGUCUGGAUCUGGAUGAAUGAUAGUUUUAGGGGGUUUACUGUUAAGUAGACAAAGUUGGUUGCGCAAAUCACACUCGUCG